UCGCCCAGUUCCGUGACUCCAAAACUUAAUUACACAAAAAAACUUUUACUUUCACGUAAAAAGCGCACAAGGUUAUUUCCAUUGAACAGGAGGUCAUUUUUCAAAAUGGCGCUGCCCUUGUUUAGAGUUUGUUUAUCAAAGAAUAACUUAGUUUCAGGUUUUAAAUUGUCAAGACAGUUACAUUUAUCUUCAUUGCACAAUAAAGCCAGACGACCAGAUGUUGCACUUUCACCUAAUAAUAGUAUGAUUAUGUGUUGGCAUCCUGAACCUGAACACCCAUACGAGCAUACACAACCAUUACCCAGAGAUAAAACAGAACUUGAAAUGAAUGAUUCUGUGUUAAAAGUUCAGUAUUUACUUGAUGAAAAGUUAAAGAACAGACCAGAGGGUCCUACAGUCAAUGAACUUGCUCAGCUGUUCCAUACAACAAAGCAUACGUUUUUUAGACGGACUCGAAUUGAAAAGACUAAAGGGUCCGUCAAAUAUAGGCCUAAAAACAGAGAGGGGUUAUAAUUUUGUUUUUUUAUUAAACAAUUUUUUCAUAAAA